AGUUUCGUUAUCGUCGGUGUUCGCGCCUUUGCGAGUUCAUGCGACUUUUCCGACGCUUAAUUUUUAAUCCCCAGCCGAAUCGUGCAGAAAGAAACAACGCAAGAUGACAAAGGCGUUAUGUUUUAUACGCCAGUCGCUCGCUCGCCGCAUCUGUGACGCUAGAUUGUCGGCGCAAAGGCGGCUACAUGGCGACGCAAGAGGCAGUCGAUAUCGCGGUGUACUCAAAGCUUCGGCGAUAUGCGGUGGGGCCGUUUGCGUCGGGAUCAGUGGUUACAUAGCGUGGACUCGUGAACCUGCAUUUUCCCAAAAGGUUCUCGCUUCUUCUCCUAAUACGUCGAAAUCACCUGAUGCGAGUGAUUGCUCGCAAGUUUGGAGACGGCAAGCUCAACUGGAAAACGCGAUCAACUACGCUCACGAACUCCUCACACGAAAGAAGGAUGAAUGGGGUGUACCUGGCAUCGUCGUGGCUGUGAGUGUUGACGGCAAGACGGUUUGGACCGAAGGUCUCGGCUAUGCUGAUAUUGAAAACAGAGUGCCAUGUGGGAGCCAAACAGUGAUGCGCAUAGGCAGCAUCAGCAAGCCGAUUGCCAUGAUGACAGUCGCGAAGCUGUGGGAGGAAGGGAAGAUCGAUCUGGACAAGCCAAUUCAAGACUAUGUGCCGAGUUUUCCCAAGAAAACUUUCGAUAACAAGCCAGUUGUAAUCACCUUGAGAGAUCUGGUUUCUCAUGUCGCUGGGAUACGCCACUAUGCCAAUUCCAAAAACAGCUCACCUACAAAAGAUGGAAGCAGUAAAGACACAGAGUUCUCAGAAUUUUAUAGCAACAAGAAAUUUAGCACUACUGAAGAGGCUUUAGAGAUAUUCAAGGACGAUCCUCUCCUGUUUGCACCAGGUGCAAAGUACCAUUACACCACAUAUGGCUGGACGCUGAUUAGUGCAGCGGUUGAAAAUGCAAGCAAGGAGCCCUUCUCAAGCCACUUAAGAAGGCUGCUGAAGAUGCUUGGCAUGGAUAAUACAUACCUAGACCAAAAUGAUCCUAUUAUCUACAACCGUUCAAGGUUCUACGCCCGUGACAAGUCGGGCUGCCUCGUGAACACGCCCAGCGUUGACUGCUCCUACAAGUGGGCAGGUGGCGGCCUCCUGUCCACCGUGAACGAUCUCGUGCGCUUUGGCAAUGCCAUGCUGUACUGCGCCCAGGCCGACGGCACCAAGUACAAGGCUGGCUAUCUGCGGCCGGAAACUAUACGCAUGCUGUGGACUCCGCAUGCUAAGGUGCACAACAACUGGCAGAAAACGUUCUUCCAGAGCUACGGCAUGGGAUGGACGCUGACCGAAACGGGUGAGAACCCCGGAGGCUGCGUCGAGUGGCCCGCGUUUGCGGCCUAUCAUACGGGAGGAUCCGUUGGCGGCACGUCCGCGCUCGUGCUGCUGCCUUCGGCGUGGAGUCCCGAGGAAACCAACAACACUACUCAGGCAAACUCUCCAAGCCCUCCCAGGGGUGUGGUUGUUGCCGUGAUUGGCAACAUCUCCAAUGCCGGUUAUGGAAACAUGGCUGUUAGGAUUGCUAGGAAGUUUGUGGAGCUCUGUUCUUAGGAGGAUGCUGUGUUGACUUGCCAAAGCGAAAUGUACCAGGGACGAGUAGGUGAGAAGAAUGUUUCGCAGAUGGCCUCGAUCUCCAGACUGACUCUGUGUCGUCGUUCUUUAUCAACUGUGUGAAAGUAUGCUGUAUCCAUUACCGAUUUAUGUGCGUUACAAAUGUCACUUAUUUUUUUACAAAUGAAGGUCUUCCUUCCUCUUAUAUGCAAUCUUACGAUGUGAUUUAUCAACUGGGGAACUUUGAGUAUCAGCUAAAAUCUUUUAGACUAGUUAAACAAUUAUCAAAGUUUUAUAAACAUUAAUUUGAGCAUGCGCUAGUAGUUUCAAAGUUAAUGCGUGCCAUAUGAUUUGCUACAUUAUUGUGUUUUCGUCGUUUCUAGGGGUGUGCGAAAUUUGAAAAUUUCAAAUAACGAAUCGAGUAGUGUUCUAUUAGGUUCAGUACUUAAAACGAACAGUGCAUAUUCGCAAUACUGAAUAUUUUUUUUAAUAAUCAGCGACGAAAAAUGAUCGAAGGAACGCGGUUUUGCAUAACAACAGUGUCGCCAAAGCAACAGUGUCGUCAAUUCAUUAUGUUCACCAUGACGUUCAUGAUGAUGUUAACUCAUGAAAAUUCCUUAAUAUUUAUGUAUCAGCUUUAUUUAAAAGCUGUUGACAAAGAGCCACCUUGAAUACUGUAGUCACUGCUAUAUUUCAGCUUGUAGUUACAAAAUAUUUUGAAGGCUCUGAUUGCUGGUGUAUACGAUUUUGCCUCAGUUUAAUUGUGGUAUUUUUGUUGGCUAGAAGUAGUCGUAACGUUACUUUGUUAAAGCUUGUGAAUAUUUGUUUUAAAUAAAAUGUUGUGGAAUUCAUAGGCUGUCUUCAAAAUUUUUGCCAUAGUUACCUUACUCUUCGAAAACUAUUCGAACAGUAUUCGAUUUGUAUUCAGUUCGAUUCGGUGUCAUCACUAUUCGAUUCGUAUUCGAUUCGGUUCUAAAAUUCACUAUUUACACACCCCUAGUCGUUUCCCAAACACUUCAGAGGAUUCUGAAAGUGAUGUUUCAUUGGACACUUAUAGUACUUUUGACAAGAUGUUUUCUUACACAUUAUUUUGUU